AUGGAGGCACCAGCACACAGCAGUUCCUAUUUUUAUGUCCACAAGGGACAUCACAGUAUCCAUUUGCAACCUUACGUUGAUGCUUACAAGAAGUUUAUUGCUGUAAAAGUUGGAGCUGUAGAUCAGCAAAGUAAUGGUGGCAUAUUCUGUAACAGCACAACGGGAAAUAUGAUCAGUAAAAAAAAUUUAACAUCCCAUUACCAGAGCCAAUGGUACCAGAUGACUCAAGCUUCUGCACUUGUCUCCUCGGAAAGUUCAGACGAGCGACCGCAAUCACCACCUGUAUCUCCAGUGCCCACGCCAACUCCAGCUCCUGCACCUACCCACUCUUGUGACCUGCGUCAAUAUCCAGCCUAUGUGUCACAUCAUCCACCUGUGGCUCCAACUCCCAAUCUCACAACUCAAGCUUCUGCACUUGUCUCCUCGGAAAGUUCAGACGAGCGACCGCAAUCACCACCUGUAUCUCCAGUGCCCACGCCAACUCCAGCUCCUGCACCUACCCACUCUUGUGACCUGCGUCAAUAUCCAGCCUAUGUGUCACAUCAUCCACCUGUGGCUCCAACUCCCAAUCUCACAACUCAAGCUUCUGCACUUGUCUCCUCGGAAAGUUCAGACGAGCGACCGCAAUCACCACCUGUAUCUCCAGUGCCCACGCCAACUCCAGCUCCUGCACCUACCCACUCUUGUGACCUGCGUCAAUAUCCAGCCUAUGUGUCACAUCAUCCACCUGUGGCUCCAACUCCCAAUCUCACAGUAGAUUUGGAUUAA